AUGUUGAAAUUUGCUUCUUUAUUUUUAUUAGUGCAAGCCACUUUAAUUAGUGCUACCAAGGUUUUAAGCACUCGUGAGUCUGCAUGGACCAACACUUACACUACUACUUACUCCACUGAAAUAUCUGUUGAAAAUGGUUUCUUAGGUCUAUUCAAAACUACCACUACAAUUUACGAUGUUUACGUUCCAGCUGUUCAAUCUACUAUUUACAAUUCUGCUGUCUAUACCAAUGCUAAGGAUUCUAGCGUUGUAACCUACAGCACCAGCCAAUACCAAACUCAAGGUGCCAAUGGUGCUUUCACUAUAUACACUGCUUACUACAUCAGCACUCCAGUUAGAGCUUCCGCUACUACUUCUUACAGUUACGGCACUUUCUCUGGUUCUGUCGCUCAAACCGCUGUCACUACAUCUACUGCAACUGUUUCUAAUGUCGAAACCAUUGUUACUUUAUACAACGUCGCUUUACCAACUGAUGCUUUAAAGAGUUACACUACCAACGAAUGGGAUGGUUCUGUUACUUCUACAUCUACUUCUGCUUUCGUCGCUACCGACUCUUACGGUUUAAAAGUCACUAGCACCGUUUUUGACAUUUUGACCCCAAGACCAUCUGGUGUCACUUCCUAUGCUGCUUACACUGGUAAUUCUACCGUUUUCUACUCCACCAUUGUCAACAUAAACUUCGGCUUCAAGGGUUUACUAUUUGGUGCUUGGGAAACUACCACUUACUUAGUUAACACUCCAAUCCGUAACUCCAUUGAGACUGUUACUUUGGGUACUGAAGUUGCUACUGAACGGGCUACUGUUUCCUCUGUCGUGUCUACUGUUAUUGGUGCUGACAGUCAAGCCACUACUGUUACUUACUACUUUGUUGCUCCAGUUCAUCACUACGCUACCUCCACCAGUUUCACUCAAGGUACUCAAACCGAUGCAACUGUCACUUUCACAACCGAUGUCAGUGUUGUUAACGGUACUAACGGCAUUGCCACCACUGAAACUGUAUACGGUGUCGCUAUUCCAACUCACUUCCAAAAAUCUACUACCUUUGAUUACUGGCCAGGUACAUUCGUUACCACUUACGCUACUGACAUUCAAACCACUGUCGGUACUGAUGGUAGCUCCACUGCUAACACCGUUUUCUAUGUUUAUACUCCAAGAGAUGAAGGUAUCACUUCCUAUGCUGCUUACACUGGUAACUCUACCGUUUUCUAUUCCACCAUUGUCAACAUAAACUUCGGCUUCAAGGGUUUACUAUUUGGUGCUUGGGAAACUACCACUUACUUAGUUAACACUCCAAUCCGUAACUCCAUUAAAACUGUUACUUUGGGUACUGAAGUUGCUACUGAACGGGCUACUGUUUCCUCUGUCGUGUCUACUGUUAUUGGUGCUGACAGUCAAGCCACUACUGUUACUUACUACUUUGUUGCUCCAGUUCAUCACUACGCUACCUCCACCAGUUUCACUCAAGGUACUCAAACCGACGCAACUGUCACUUUCACAACUGAUGUCACUGUUGUUAACGGUACUAACGGUGUUAUCACAACUGAAACUGUAUACGGUGUGGCUAUCCCAACCACUUAUCACCAAACUACUUCUUUCAUUGAAGGUAGUGCUUCCGUUACUACUAUCUCCACCGAGUAUUCCACCAUUACUGGUACAGAUGGCAAGGCCACAGAAGAAACUAUUUUCCACGUCGAAACUCCAAGAGCCUCUGGUAUUUAUUCUAACGUUCCAUAUAACGGUACUGAAACUAGUGUUUUCUCCACUAGUGUCGACAUUGAAUGGGGUUUCCAAAACUUGAUUUUUGGUUUAUGGUCUACUUCUUACUACUUUGUCCACACUCCAUCUCGUGUUUCCACUGAGUACUCUACUCAAGGUUACUUUGGUAACUCUACUAGCACUUACUCUACAGGUGUUUCUACUAUUACUGGUACUGACAAAGAAGCUACUACUGUUACUCUAUUCUUAGUCCAAACUCCAAUGCACUGGGAAAAGACUACCGUUUUAAGCCAAGGUACUCAAACUUCUGGUGAAGUCACUUACGGUACUACCACUAACACUGUUACUGGUACUGAUGGUGAACAAACUACCAUCACUACUUACUCUGUCGCUCUACCAACUUACCACCAAAGAUCUAUUUCGUUAGUCGCUGGUAACAACUUCAUUCCUACUGUUAUUUCCACCCAAUACGUUACUGGUGUUGGUGCUGACAGCAGCAGUACUGAAACCACUGUUUACAUUGUUGCUACUCACUCUGAUUAUUUUGCUGCUACUACCACAACCACUUGGGACAGAGAUUACACUACCACUUCUCACAAGGUUGAAGUCAGUUGGGGUUUCGUUGGUGUUUUAUUCGCUCCAUGGAUCAUUAGAGAAUAUGUUGUUUACGUCCCAGAAGACCUUUCUUCACAAUCUUAUUACGAAACUGAAUCCUCCUACGAAACUGAAUCUUACAUUCCAACUUCAUCUUCCGUUUAUGAAGAUGUUACUGAGUCUUUCAUUGGUACAUCUUCAUUCGUAGCUUCUGUUUCAGGUACUGUUUCCGUCUUAUCCGGUUACGUUUCUUAUCAAAAUGGAACCGUUGUUAACUAA